GCUACUGGAGCACCGCUUCCCAGAAGAACAGGUUACUCUUAAUAAGAAAAGGAUAAAACCUCCCUGCGUGCGGCGAAAGAGAACCACAAGGGAGGAUGUAUGCACUAUCAUGCCUUUUACUGCUACUGUAUAACUACGUGGAGGCCAAUUUUACCAGCAAGUGGCAGAGAGUGGUGUUUUUUCCAGAGGCUCAGAGAAUCCGACGCUCGUCCGCUGAAUUACUAAACCCCGUUCUGCAGACAUCAGUUUCAGAGGUGGAGCUGCUGUAUGAGUUUUUGUUAACUGGAGUGAACAUUGAUAAUGAGAAUCGGUUGAGCCUCCUUGACCCUGAACUCGCCACCCUAAGAAAAGCUACCACAUUUGACGUUGUUUGCAAUGAUGUAAUCCCCAAGACUAUUACGGAUAUCCGUAGGCUGGGAGCUAAACUGAUUCAUCUUCAAGGACCCAUGAAGACAGUGGACUUUGAGAGGACUCUGCUGACCAUGGCCUACACAGCAAUAAAAAUCACCAAAUGUAGAAAUACAGACCAGCAGAAAGUCUGGCUGGAUUCCUUCACCAACCUAUUCACAGCAUUAAGAAGAGACUUGAUAUUUCCAUACAAUAAAGAAGGAUAACAUUGACUAUACGAGUAGGAGCAGGCAUAUUUGUUUUGACAUUGUUUCUGCAUGCUGGCUGUUACUAUAAUUAUAUCAGACAAUUAUAAUUUAUUUUAGUUAAACCAAUAUUACAUGUUUUAUAAAACAGUAUUUAUAUCAUAUUGAACUAAGUUUUAAUAAGGAAGAUAUCUUCAAUCAUUCAAUAGCAAUAUCUAUUUAAUCUUUGUGCAAUUUUUUGGGAAAAAAAAUAAUGGAGAAUCAUCCAUUCAAAAAUAAAAUGGAAAAUAAAAGAGGACUAAUAGCUAUUUCAAACUA